AUGUCUGUUAUUAGAGAAUUGAGUCAUUAAAAAAGAAAUGUGGUUUUAGAGUUGUUUGGUACAUCUAAAAGAAGAAUAGAUUUAAAAGAAAAUGUAUCAUCUCCUAUCAAUCGACCUUCCAAACGAUUUAAUUAUCCAUAAUCUAGCAAUGCUAGUAAAUUAUUCUAAAUACUAAAAUAAACUCCUACUAUUAAAUAAUCAGCAUUAAAGACUUCUAAAAAAAAUAAUGAAAGCACAGGAUUAAAUGAAAGUAUUUGUCGAAAAGUAUUCAUUAUUACUUAGAAUAGAAAAUAUUGCAUAUUGAUAUUUAAGAACCUAGAACCUAUUUAAAAUAAGUUAUUUCUCCUUAUAGAGAUUUUCGAUCAUAAGUCUCAUUUGACAUUGCCCCUUAAACAUGUGUGAUACUUCCUCGAAAAAUUAGUCAACCUCAAUAACUUAAUUAAUAAAAAAAUUCUGUUCGAAGAUCCAAUAGUUUCAGAGAUCUUUUCAAAAGCUAAAUUACAUUUGGUUGACCCAGUAAACAUAAUUUGCAAC